AUGGACCACGAACCAGACACUCGUCGCAGCUACGGCCGCCCACUCCAUUGUGUUGUCCAUAGUAAUGGUCCAUCGAAUUUCCUGGAAGACAACAUCCCGGCCAUUGAGCUACUACUCGAAUAUGGCGCUGAUCCCCGACUACCUGGCCCAAAGGCCAAACCCGUCUACUGUGGACUAGGAUCUCCAUUAUACCAUGCAAAGCAAUUGGCCACUUUCCCAAAUCACGGCUUUAAGGAAUUAUUUGAGUGUGGUUUUUACCAGGAGGCCUAUCGGAUCAUGAAGCAGGCUGCUGACGACUUGGAUGCUCGUGAUGCGGCAAAGAGGCGGUGGGAGUAUGUGGAGUGGGUGCUUGGAUUCUUUAAAUUUUGGUAA